AUGCCAAUUUCAUCCAGCAGAAAGAAUAAAAGCAGGCAACUAACCGCGCCUUUCGAAGAUGACGAGAAUCCCUGGAUGAAAAAAUACCAUUGCCAAUGUAAAUCAUGUCAAAUGAGCGCAUCUAUGCAUCCUUGGUUACCAAGGUUUUUCAUUUUCGGCAUCCUGUGCCCCAUUUUCUGGUUGGUAAAUCUUCUAGGUUGGUGGUACCUGCAAUUUUGGCAACCACACGAAUUGGAAUUUCAAAACUUUCAAGAAGACGAGUACCCUGGAUUCUAUGAACGUGAUAUCGUCAAGAAAAGAUCACUAGUACACCUGAAGAAAGAAGUACUACAAGAGAUCCGCACCAUUCAAGAUCUCAGCGAUAGCAACAGCGAAGAAGACCUAAACAACGACGAUGUCUACGACACACAGUCGUCUUCUGUAAAAGCGGACCCGGAACAAGCCGAGGGCGAUGAAGAGGCACUAGAGAAGUACCGCUACGCUUUCCUGAAAAAAGUGGCUCAUGAUGUCUUGGCGACGCACGAUUCAUUACGUAAAAGUUUCCGCGACUGGAAUCUGCGCUCUUUGCUUGGCAUCGUCAUAGAUUCUGUACUGAUAUUGUUUAUAGCCCUUCUCUGUAAGAAAACUCGAUAG